CAGUCGUGUCGUGUUCAGACGGAAUAGAGUGGAUUUCUCCGUCCAUAGACGUAAGCAAUGUCGUCGGCAAAGCUCCUCACAUUUGUCCAUGUACUUCUCUCUGUCCCGUUCUUAUCCAAGCUUAAAAGGAAGAAACUUCUCUCACAAUAUCCCAGUGAAGUUGCAGUUUGAGGCGCCAUCACUUUUCCCCCUUCAUUUAUUUUGGAAAAAUGGCAAAUCAUUCUCAAAGAUGGUUGCUUCUGGUGCCAAUUUUACUGGCACUAAGCAUAACAUGUGCGCAUGCCAUUUCAAAAAGUGCAAGUAAGAUGAAGUCUGCUGUUUUUCUGUCACCUAAGUUUGUAUUGGGACCAGGCUCUGUAGAGAACAAAUUCUAUUACAACAUUGACUUUCCAAAAGGUCAUAUUGCUCUCAAGAGUUUCAAUGCAGAAGUGGUUGACGAGGCAGGAAAUCCUGUUUCCUUGCAAGAAACUUAUCUGCACCACUGGGUUGUUGCGAGAUACUAUGCACCUAAAGAUGAUAAGGAAGUUCUAAACUAUAAUGGAAAUCAGAAGCUUCAAAGACCAGGUUAUAUAUCUGGGAGAAACAGUGGGAUAUGCCAGAAAGGACUUCUUGGACAGUAUUUUGGCCUUGGAUCUGAAACACGGAAAACUGCAACGCAUAUUCCCGAUCCUUAUGGGAUAGAGGUUGGCAAUCCUGCUGAAAUUCCUGACGGUUAUGAGGAAAGAUGGAUGAUUAAUGUCCAUGCAAUAGAUACCCGUGGUGCAGAAGAUAAGUUGGGAUGCACUGAAUGCAGGUGUGAACUAUAUAAUGUUACAGUCAGUGAAUUUGGCCGACCGCUGAAACCAGGAUACAAAGGGGGCUUAGAAUGUUGCUACGAUGGUACUCAGUGUAGACUAAAACAAGGUUUUGUGGGUGCAAGAAGGAGCCUUUACCUGAGAUAUACAGUCAAGUGGGUUGAUUGUAAUAGUUUCAUUGUGCCAGUUAAAAUCUACAUAUUUGAUGUCACCGAUACAUGGAAAAAAUCUGAUGGUUCUUCUGGAUUAAAAUUGGAGCAUGAUUGCAAGGUCGAAUAUGAAGUUGAAUCAUGCAGCAGCACCGGAAUGGUUGGUGAUGCGUGUGUUCACUCCAAGAGAAUAAGUCUUGUCAUGCCAUUUGGCGGUUAUGUUAUAUAUGGUGUUGCCCAUCAGCAUUCAGGUGGCAUUGGUUCCACCCUUUACAGAGAGGAUGGUCAAGUUAUAUGCUCUUCUAUACCAGCAUUUGGAAAAGGAGAUGAACCAGGGAACGAGGCGGGCUAUAUUGUUGGAAUGUCAACAUGUUUUCCUCAACCCGGCUCUAUAAAAAUAACCAAUGAUGAAACUCUGAUUCUGGAAUCUAACUACAGUAGCACCAUAGAUCACACAGGAGUUAUGGGGCUAUUCUACCUCUUGGUAGCAGAACAAUUGCCGAAGCCUGUCCACUCCUUCUAUUCACUUGUUCAAGUAAGAUUCACUUCCCGAGUAAAGUCCCAAACUUUUUUUUCCCUUCCUUGAGAAGAAAUGUUAAGC